CCCGCACCGCCCCUCCACAUUAAUUUUAACAUGACCCAUUUUCGGACAUGCCCAAUGAUCCUCCUUUUCUUUGUUGUUUUUCCCCAGCCUUCACUUCUCGAACUUUUAUACUCCACAUAUCAAUUACUUUUAGUUUGUAUAUAUGCUUUUUUAGGUUAGAGGGAAGGAUAAAAGAUUUACAGCUAAAGGUGAUUGGGCGAAAUUACUGCAAGUUGCUGGUAAUUAAGAGAACAGUUUUGAACUACCCGUAAACAUUUCCUUAGCUUUCAGUACUUCACUCUUUCAGCUUCUGGCUAUGGCUCCUUCCUCUUCUUCUUCGACGCCCAGUUUUCAUUGUAUCAUGCCCAGCAUCUUCUACUUUAGUAUUGUUCUUACUUCUGGAUUCUUGUGUUCCAUAUCACUAGCUGAUUCACCCUUUCCUCAAGAAGCCCUUCCGACCAAAUCCGGCUACCUCACGGUGAACUCAACCACCGGCUCUGCCAUUUUCUACACAUUCUACGAAGCCAGGAACCCAAUUUCCACUCACUCGCAGACUCCGCUUUUGAUUUGGCUCCAAGGCGGUCCCGGCUGCUCCUCCAUGAUAGGAAACUUCUAUGAGCUCGGUCCUUGGCUAGUGUCCAGGAAAACCGGACGGAUCUCCUUAGAUCCGAAUCCAGGGUCCUGGAAUCGGAUAUUUGGCUUGCUUUUCCUCGAUAACCCUAUUGGAACAGGGUUUAGCGUCUCCGCAUCUCCCGAAGAGAUUCCUAGAAACCAACGCGAUGUCGCCAGGCAUCUCUUCAUCGCCAUCCAAAAGUUCAUAGCGUUGGACGCUGUUUCGUUUAGGACACGCCCGAUUUAUAUCACCGGUGAAAGUUACGCCGGAAAAUAUGUCCCGGCGGUGGGGUACUAUAUCCUGAAAGAGAACUCCGUUUUGCCACAGUCAAGUAAAGUGAAUCUGGCUGGUGUCGCCAUAGGGAAUGGCCUGACUCACCCGGUAGCUCAAGUGGCCACUCAUGCUAUAAACGCCUAUAAUUUAGGGCUAAUCAACGACAAGCAAAGGACAGAGCUGGAGAAACUCCAAGAGGCGGCCGUAGCUCUAACCGAAGCGGGGCAUUGGAUUGAGGCCACAAGUGCUAGGUCAAACGUCUUGGCGAGAUUGCAGAACAUGACUGGACUGGCAACACUCUUGGACUUCAGAAGGCAAAUUCCUUACGAGGACGCAAUUGUGGCCGAUUUCUUGAACAACAAGGAAAUGAAACGAUUGUUAAAAGCGAAGGAAGAUAUCACUUUUGAGACUUGCAGUAAUGAAGUCGACCAAGCUCUGACCUCGGACAUUAUGAAGAGUGCUAGGGAGAUGGUGGAGUUCUUGGUUCCGAACAUUAAGGUUUUGUUGUACCAAGGGCAGUGUGACCUGCAGGAUGGGGUGGUGUCGACGGAGGCAUGGAUCGAGACAAUGCGGUGGAAAGGACUCGGAGAGUUCUUGGCAGCCGAAAGAAACGUUUGGAUGGUGAAUGAAGAGUUAGCUGGAUAUGUGCAGAGCAAUGGGAAUUUGACCCAUGUUGUGGUGUUGGCUGCUGGUCAUUUGGUCCCUGCUGAUCAGUCACUGCACUCUCAAGCCAUGAUAGAAAAUUGGGUGUUGGAGAAAAGAUAUCUCUCACUAUGAAAGCAUUGAACUGAAAGCCUCCACAGUUUUAUUAGUCUAGGCAAUCCUAUGUAUACACCUCUUUUGUAUACCAAGUGUAAUUGCCUUACUAAUCCUUUAGAACCAUCCCGGCUACCACUUACCAAACCCAAAAAGUCACCGAAGUGAACGAAGAUCAUUCCACCUCAAGCUCUCACCUGAAGUGAACGGAGACCAUGUGGUCUCAAUUCAAGCACUCUUUCAUGGUCAUUGAUUUUACCACUCGGUCAUGGUCAUUGGUUUGGUAGACUUGAUGUUGAAAUUGUUGUUUGUGUUACUUCUAUUACUUAAAUGUGUCAAUGUACCAUUUCGUCUGUAAGUUUGAAUGGCAACACAAAUACCCAAUAGUUACCUAUCACAUCGAGUGAAUGGUGAAAAUAAACUUCUCAGGGCUAUCAAAUAAAAAGUUCUGUUUUUAACUUGU